AUUAUGGUUCCCCCUUACUUCACAGCAGUGGCAGGUGUGCAGUGCUGGAGGACAGAUCUUUGUUGUGACCAUGGACUCGGACAGGAGGAGAGACAGCCGGACUUGGGACUGGGACAGUCCUCAGUGCCGAGCCCAGCUGGACGAGAUCUUUUUCCGCAAGCAUGACUACAUCCAGACUGGCAGUCAGGAACACCGAGAGUUCUGGUCUUUCUUUGACCGCUUCCAGAGGUUCAAAACUAAGAGGGAAAUGUCUGGGGCUGGUUCCAGCAGGAAGGACGACAGAGAAGAAGGGAAAGACAGGAAGAAGUCUGAGAAGGUUCACCUCGGCCUCCCUAAAGACUAUGAUGCUCGGUACAGGAUUAAUGUCUCUGUUUGCACCAAGGACAUCGAGGAUCGCAUGGGGAAGACAGAGCACGACAGAGGCAGUAAGAGGUCCUCAGGUCCAGGGAGUGAGGAGAUCUCAGACUGCAGACUGGCUCUCCUGCAUUUCUUAGACUUCAGUCAGAGACAGAGUUUUGGGAAACUGGCCAAGCUCUGCAGGGAGCAGAAGAACCUGCCCAUCUUCCAGUACAGGGACAAGAUCAUAGACCUGGUGCGGCGUCACCCUGUGGUUGUGGUGGCAGGGGACACGGGCUGUGGGAAAUCCACUCAAGUGCCUCAGUAUCUUCUCUCUGCUGGGUUCACCAACAUAGGCUGCACUCAGCCUCGACGGAUUGCCUGUAUAUCCCUUGCAAAGAGGGUCAGCUUUGAGAGUCUGAAUCAGUACGGCUCAAAGGUAGGAUACCAGAUCCGCUUCGAGACCACCCGCACCACAGCCACCAAACUGUCUUUCCUCACUGAGGGACUGCUGCUCCGACAGAUCCAGCAGGACAGGUCGCUGGCUCAGUACCAGGUGGUGAUAGUGGAUGAGGUCCACGAGAGGCACCUCCACUGUGACUUCCUCCUCGGGGUCCUGCGCACUCUGGUGUCUGAGCGGCCUGACAUACGACUCAUCCUCAUGUCGGCCACCAUCAACAUCAAACUGUUUUCAGACUAUUUCAGCAGUGCUCCGGUGCUGCAGGUACCGGGCAGGCUGUUUCCCAUUCAGGUCAUAUACCAGCCCAUUCCACCUGAGGAGCAGCCCUCACGUUUAGAGAAACUGGAUCCCAGACCCUACCUGCGCAUCUUACAGGGCAUCGACCAGCGUUACCCUCCAGAGGAGCGAGGUGACCUGCUCAUCUUCCUCAGUGGCGUGGCAGAGAUCUCCACCAUCCAGGAAGCCUGUCAGGUGUAUGCCACCCACACCUCUCGCUGGAUUGUCUUAGCGCUGCACAGCACCCUCUCACUGGUCCAGCAGGAUAAGGUGUUUGACAUCGCUCCACCUGGAGUGAGAAAGUGCAUCAUCUCUACCAACAUUGCUGAGACCUCAGUUACUAUAGAUGGGGUGCGCUUUGUUGUGGAUUCAGGAAAGGUAAAGGAAAUGAGUUUCGAUCCUAAGGCUAAGAUGCAGCGCCUGCAGGAGUUCUGGAUCAGCAGAGCCAGCUCUGAGCAGAGGAAAGGUCGAGCUGGUCGUACAGGUCCAGGAGUGUGUUACCGCCUCUACGCUGAGUCUGACUAUGACGCUUUUGCACCUUAUCCUGUCCCUGAAAUUCACAGGGUGGCUCUCGACUCCCUCAUCCUCCAGAUGAAGAGUAUGUGUCUCGGAGAUCCACUCUCUUUUGUCUUCAUUGAUCCACCUCCAGCUUCUAGUAUCCAGACUGCAGUUAGGUAUCUGAAAGAUCAGGGAGCGCUGGAUGGUCGCAGUGAGCUUACCUCCAUUGGAAGUUUGCUGGCACAGCUGCCUGUAGACGUGGUUAUAGGUAAGAUGCUGGUGCUGGGCUCUUUGUUCAACCUGGUGGAGCCUGUGUUGACUGUGGCAGCGGCCCUCAGCGUUCAGUCACCUUUCUUACGCAGCGCACAGCACAACCCGGACUGUGCAACCACCCGUCAGCCCCUGCAUAGCAACCAGGGAGACCCCUUUACGCUGCUCAACACCUUCAAUGCAUGGAUGGAGGUAAAAGGAGAGAGAGGGGGCGGCUCGAGGAAGUGGUGCAGGAGGAGAGGACUGGAGGAGCAGCGGUUAUAUGAGAUGGUCAACCUACGCCGACAGUUCAAGGAAUUACUGAGGAGUCACGGUUUGCUGGAAUCACAGCACAGCUCUUCCUCCAGCAGUGACCGCGGGCAGCGCAGGGAGAGGUUUACAGAGAGGAAGAAACUGCAUCAGCUAAAGAGAGAUCACGAGCAGCAGGAGAGCAGCAAGCGGAAAGUCCUGAGGAUGGACGAAGGCCAGGAAGGAGAGAUGUCCUCGGGGUCAGACGCAGAGGAAGCGGGCAGAGGCAAGAAGAAGGACAAGGAUGGACAGAACGUGGACAUUCAGGAAGUGAAGUUCAAGCUGCGUCACAACGUGUCAGAGCUGCAGGAGGCCGUCAGCGUCAGUCAGGACCUGUCCUCCCGCCAGCAGGCUUUGCUCAAGCUGCUGCUUUGCCGAGGCCUCUACCCUCAGCUGGCCCUCCCUGAUGAACACAACACCACCCGCAAGGACUCAGACCAGGUGUUUCACACAAGGAACAAGCAGGGGGUGGUGAUCCAUCCAACCAGCGUGUUUGCCAGUGACCCAGAGGUGCUACAAGUGCCCGAGGAUGCCAUCAGAGAAAUGGGUCCUGAUAAGAGGGACAGCAGCAAGCACCAGCUGCUAGCCUUCGUCACUCUGUUGGAGACCAACAAGCCGUAUUUGUCCAACUGUGUGCGGGUUCCAGCUCUGCAGGCUCUACUGAUGGUAGCGAACUCUGUGGACAGUAACGCUGACUGUGCUCGUCUGGUGGUGGACGGCUGGCUGGAGCUGGAGCUGAGGGAGCCAGAGGAGGCCCUGAAGGUGCUCUCCACAGCUCUCACCCUCAGGGCUGAGUGGGAGCGCCUCCUGUUGGCUCAGCUGGGACAGAGCACAAUGGGGGGACCAGCUCAGGGUGUGUCCCGCAAAGUCUUGGAGAAGCUGAGUGAAGGCCUGGUCCGUUUCCUGCUCUACACAGAGGUCAGUUACAGCCUUCGGCGACUCACAGCGUUUCAGACCCAGAACCUGUACGUCGGCCCACAGCCUGAGUCUGACCUGCCUCAUACCAAAGCAGAUCAGAACCCGCUGUUUCCAGGAGUCGAGGCCAAGCCAGACCCUAUUAAAGGAGGCCUGCGUGUCACCAGCUUCUUCACCUACAACUGUUUGACUGACUCAAAGGAUCUCUACAGUGAGUGUUUACGCACCUUCUGGAGCUGUCCUAACUGUGACCUCUACAUGCCUCUUACUCCACUGGAACGCAUGCAGCAUGAGGCCUCCUGCAGGCCGGCAGGAGAACAGCAACAGGAGGAGGAAGAGCCAGAAGAUGAAAAGAAGAGCUCCUCCUCAAUGUCCAGUCUUACGAGAGCUUAUCACUGCGACGUCUGUAACGAGGACCUGACCCUCACCUCUACUGAGAUCCUCAAACAUAAAAGGCAACACAUGUAUUCUACUAAGUAACUGAACACAUUAUCUAAACAUCAAGUAUCCAGAUCUUUGCUCUGAAGAAACACUUUGUGGAAUAAAGUGUUUUUUUUAUGUGG